UUUGCUGGCAAAGUGCCUAGCAAAAUACCUUAAAGCUGGAUAAACUGGAACGAACAGUGAAAUUGACGAAUAUUACAAAUCUAAGCAUUGCUGACGAGGAAUUUAUAUACAAUGUCAGCGGUGACAUUGAACAUUUCAUAAACCAAAGGCAUAGUUCUAGUGUUCUACUUUUUCCACCUGUAAACAAUUUUCGCCGUUUUCUCAUACAUCAAACAUGUGAACAAUUCCGUCAACAGUACGAUCUCUUCACUUUUUCAGUGGGGCAAGGUCCAUUCCGCCGCACUGUAGUCUGUUUUCGGAAUCAAUUAUUGGAUCCCAAUAAAUUUACAGAUACAGCAGCAGCAGCGAAUUUCGAAUCGCGAAAAAAAUCACCGGUGAAAAGUUGGAGAAGCGUUGAGCGAAAAACUGAAGUUGUCGCAAACGAUAUAUCCUCAACGUCUUCUUCGUCAUUUGUUAGGCAACAAAGAAGCACACCUGGUAAGAUGGGCGCGGAGAAGAAUACCAACGAAACUCGUGCAAGCAAAACGAACUCAAUAGAUCUCUAUCGACCCCCAGCUUUAAGAAAUCAUAAUCACAAUGCUGAUACGAUUGAUACGACGACGACGACGACGACGACGACGACGACUAAUGCAACUUUUGUUGCCAAAACUGGGUCAGUGAAUGCAACAGCCGCAACGAGUGCAGAGACUUCGUGUACAACAAGAGCAACACCAACAAAAACAAUUGGCAAAACAACACUGUUAUCUACCUCAAUAUCAUGCAAUAAUUCCCCAACUCAUGCAAAUGAGAAUAAGAGUUUCGAUAAUAAUACAGUGACCUCGACGAGGUGCGUAAACGCCGAAAUGGACUGCGCAACAACGACAACAGCGGCGACGAAAGCAACAGCAACAACAACGCCAAACGCAUUGACGAUCAAUUCAGAGUCGGUGGCGACUGGCGGUAUGCCAACAACGCCAGUGUCGAGUGCCACCACAAUCAGCAGCAGCAGCAGCAGCAGCAGCGGCCAGCAAAGGCAAUCAUCAGCUGUACGACGUGAACGUCGACCCGAUAGAGCGGUAUAUAUUCCAAGGGCACGACGCAGUCAAACUACCCCACCAACGACGGUGGCGCUCACGGCGACGGCAACGGCCACAACAGCUGUCGUAGCAACAGGAAUACAACAACAAAAUGCUCCGCAGAAAACCGCAGCUACCAUCUCACUAGCGAGUGCUUCGUUAACUCGGACGAUGCCACCAAGUCACAGUCACCACAGCGCUGGUGGUUGUGGUGGUGACGGCGGCAGCAGUAAUCAGCACCAAUUGGCAAUUACUUCGGAGGCAACAGUGUCAGUAUACACAGCGGCGUCGAGCAAGUUAGACGAAUUAUCUGGCAACAAAAGUACUACAGCUGCUGGUGCUAGCACAGUUGUUUCUGUUUCGGCUGGAAAGAAGACAAAAUCAGCUACAGUGCAUGGUCGUGAGCGGAGAGAACGUUCUAAAAAGCUAACAAACGCUAAUGUUCAGUCACACGAGGCGAAAAUAUCAAAAUUAUCAUUGGAGAGAAGCGAAACGAAACUACAACUACCACAACAACAACAACAACAAAACGGUCAUGAUGAAACGUUGUUAAAUCAAUAUCAUCAUUAUCACCACCCACAACAACAACAACAGCAAACAUAUCUGUAUACUGAUCAUUUGCAAAGAUCCUCGCUCUGUGAGCAACAAUUUACCGAAGGUGUGCAAUUACCAGCAGAAAUAAUUGCAAACAACGAAAUGAAUUCGUCGUCAAAUUCGGGCAAACGCAAUAAGCCGAAACAAAGUAAAGUGCAGAAUUUACGCAUUGAAGAUGUUGUUGCAUCGAAACAUAAUGGUACACGGAGUACAACAACUAAAUGUGAUAUUGAAGCGCAGGAACUACAGCGCGCAUCGAAGGAAAUAAAUCGCAGCAAUCGUCGCAUUAUCAAGCAAACAUUCGUCUCAGAUGUGCUCGAAAUUCCCGAGAAAAUCGAACAGUCCACAGAAAAUGACAACGAUUCGAGUCAAAGAAGUCCUAAUAACACUUUGCAAAUUCCCGUCCCGGCAGCUAAUCGAUCGGUGGAUAGUACCACAGAGGAGGAAGAGGAGGAAGAUGAUUGGGAAUCUAUGUUUGAUGAUAGUGGAGAAUGUUUAGAUCCGAAAAUUAUGCAAGAACUCACCGCUUCAGUGGGUAAAGUGAAGAUAGAAUUACCAAAAAUGAACUACAGUGCAUAUCUAACAAAGCAGUCCAUACUCAAUGAUGAAGAGUUUCCGCACGUACUUGAAGUAUCAAAUUUCCCUGUUGAGUUUAAGAAUCAUGACCUUCUUAUGGUUUUUUCGCAAUACAAAGAAUCGGGUUUCGAUAUAAAAUGGGUGGACGAUACUCAUGCAUUGGCUGUGUUCAGCAGCUCACGCAUUGCUGCUGAAGUUUUAACAAUGGGCCACCCAUUCGUAAAGCUGAAACCAUUAGCUGAAGCUACAGCUGAAUCUCGCUUAAAGGCCAAGAAGUGUGCGGCAUCACUGCAACCAUAUCGUCAGAGACCGGAAACUUGUGCGGCACUGGCGCGUCGUCUGGUAACCGGCGCUCUGGGUGUGCGACUGAAAACAGCAGCCGCAGAAAGAGAGAAUGAAAUACGUGUUUUACGUGAAGCCAAAGAACGUAAGAUGUUGGCAGCUAAGCAACGUGAUGAAAUAUGGGAAAGCUAGGCAUCAAUGAAUGCAUCAUAAUUUGUGUACAUUUUCCUGCCUGCAAACUGAAUAAAUAUGGACUAUAAUUAGAGAAACAGAAGAAAAUCGUUUUAAGCACGAUUAGUUGUAGAUGAUAUAAUUUUUGAAGGAAAUCCCAUUAUUUUAAAUAGAAAUAAGAGACUAGUAGAAAAAUCUUUAUUUAAAAAUCUAUACCCCUAUGCUGUAAGGCGAUGAAAAUACCACUUAAAAACUGUAGUUUUUCAUCAUCGAGUGCAAUAAAAUUUUGCUCAAAAAAAAAUUAUUUUAUAUAUUAUUUGAAUGUGAGCAGUAUACUAAGAUUUGUUUGUGAGUUCGCAUGCAAAAUUGUAUACUAUAUGCCAAUGCACUGCAAUACUAAAAAAGGAUAUUUUUGCAAUAUUUUAGACAAAAUUUUGUGAGUUAUGAAGUGAAAUACUAUACAAAAUUCACAUGAAUGUAAGAGAUUUUACUGUAUGCAUUGUAUUUUUGAAAAGUUGUUUAUUUAUAAGAGAAUAUUUUGCGAAUAAAUAUUAAGAAUGGUAAACAA